AUGUCCGCUCCUUCACCCCCUCCCACCUCCACUGCCGCCAUCCCCUGCCCCAAAACCUCACCCCCCUACAACGUCGCCGUAAUCGGCUACGGCCUCUCCGCCAAAAUCUUCCAAAUCCCCUUCCUCACCUCCCCAACCUACAAGCUCUACGGCAUCGUCCAGCGCACUCCCAACCCCGCCUCCAACCCCGCCACUGAUUUCCCCGGCACUAUCGUUUGGCGCACCACAGACGCGAUGCUCGCCGACCCCGCCGUGCACAUCGUCAUCAUCACCACUCUGCCCGACUCCCACUUCGCCCUCGCAGAAGCGGCUCUCAAGGCCGGCAAGCACGUCGUCGUCGAGAAGCCCUUCGUCCCCACGAGCGCAGAGGCGGACGCGCUGGCCGAGAUCGCGCGACAGAGCGGCCGCAAGCUGGCGGUGUACCAGAACCGGCGCUUCGACGCCGAUUUCCGCACGAUUCAGAAACUGAUCAAAGAGGACGUCUUCGGCCGCAUCGUGGAGUUCGAGACGCACUUUGACCGGCACACGCCAGUCAGUCCGGCGGGGUGGCGGCAGCAGGCCGGGCGGCCGGGGGUCGGGCAGGUGUAUGAUCUGGGGACGCAUCUGCUGGACCAGGUGGUGUGUUUGUUUGGGAUGCCGGCGCGGGUGACGGCGUUUGUGGGGAAUCAGCGGAGUGGGAGGGAGAUUGGGGGUGAGGUGGUGGGGGGUGAGGAUGCGUUUACGGUGCUGUUGCAUUAUAGGGAUGGCCUGUUAGUGACGGCGAAAGCGGCGGCGAUUAGUCCUGAGAGCGAGCAGUUGAGGUUUUGGGUUAGGGGGGAGAAGGCGAGUUUUAGGAAGUACCAUCUUGACUGCCAAGAAGAUCAACUCAAGGCUGGUCUUCGCCCUGGCGAUCCCUUCUACGCUGUCGAGCCAGGGAGUCACUACGGCACCUUGACUACAAUCAAAGACGGCUCCUUCAUCAGCGAAAAAGUCACCCCACCUAUUCCUGCAGCCACGUAUACAGAGUUCUACCGCCUCUUCGCUAAAGCAAUCGAAGAAGACGGCCCAGUCCCCGUGUCCGCAGAAGAAGCGAGCAAAGUGAUCAAAGUAAUCGAACUAGCUCAAGAAAGCUCGCGGUUGUUCCAAACCGUAAGUGUUUCGUAG